UUGGGCCCCCAGACAUUUUCGGAGCUGGAGCCGCCGCCGCCGCCGCCAUCUUGUGUGCGUGGAGAAAGAAGCCCCGGCGGCGGCUGGACGCGGACGGAGGUUCCCCCCCCCGUGAAGCGGCGGCGGCGUUUCUUCCCCGAGGUUCCCCCUGGGUCGUCCCCCAUCCCCCCUCCCUCCGCGGUCAGCAUGUGGUGAAGCCGCAGCCGCCCGCCGGAGACCCGGGGAGCGAGGCCGAGGCGUCGCAGGCGAGCGAGCAAGGAAGGAAGGAAGCAAGGCAGGGAGGCGGGGUGUCGAGCGGCUGCGGCGGCGGCGGACCUCGGAGGGGGGCCGCGGCGCAAUGUCAGAGCCGACGCCGGCCGAGGCCGGGGCUGCGGGGGCCCGGGAGGACGCCUGUCGGGAUUAUCAGUCGUCGCUGGAAGACCUGACCUUCAAUAGCAAACCGCACAUCAAUAUGCUGACCAUUCUAGCCGAGGAGAACCUGCCCUUCGCCAAGGAGAUCGUCUCUCUCAUCGAGGCCCAAACCGCCAAGGCUCCUUCUUCAGAGAAGCUUCCUGUUAUGUACCUUAUGGAUUCUAUCGUGAAAAACGUUGGAAGAGAGUAUCUCACUGCCUUUACUAAAAACCUAGUUGCAACAUUUAUUUGUGUGUUUGAAAAGGUGGAUGAAAAUACUAGAAAAAGUUUAUUUAAAUUACGUUCCACAUGGGAUGAAAUAUUCCCUUUGAAGAAACUUUAUGCUUUGGAUGUCAGAGUCAAUUCAUUAGAUCCUGCUUGGCCUAUUAAACCUCUGCCCCCUAAUGUGAAUACAUCUAGCAUCCAUGUGAAUCCAAAAUUUUUAAAUAAAUCGCCUGAGGAGUCUUCAACACCUGGCCCAGUGGUCAGUUCCCCCAGUAUCUCCACUCCUCCAAUUGUACCUGAAAUACAAAAGAAUCUUACCCAAGAACAACUAAUAAGGCAGCAGUUACUCGCAAAACAAAAACAGUUAUUAGAGCUUCAGCAGAAAAAGCUGGAGCUUGAGUUAGAACAAGCUAAGGCACAACUGGCAGUAUCUCUUAGCGUUCAGCAAGAGACAGCCAACUUGGGUCCUGGAUCAGGAACAUCUAAGUUACAUGUUUCACAGAUUCCCACUAUGACUGUUAAAACUCCACAUCAGGUUCCUGUGCAAUCUGACAAGAGCCGACCAGGUUCAUCCUUACAAAUUCAAGACUUGAAAGGAACUAACCGGGAUCCUCGUCUUAACAGGAUGAGCCAACAUUCAUCCCAUGGCAAAGAACAGAGUCAUAGGAAAGAAUUUGUAAUGAACACAUUAAAUCAGUCUGAUAUUAAAACAAGUAAAACUAUACCCUCUGAAAAACUAAAUUCCUCCAAGCAAGAAAAAAGUAAAUCAAGUGAAAGAAUAACCAAGAAGGAACUUGACCAAUUAGAUUCUAAAUCUAAAUCUAAAUCACCAUCACCUUUGAAAAACAAAUUAUCACACCCAAAGGACUUGAAAAAUCAAGACUCUGAAAGUAUGAGGUUGUCUGAUAUGAACAAGAGAGAUCCACGAUUAAAAAAGCAUCUUCAGGAUAAAACUGAGGGCAAAGAUGAGGAUGUAAAAGAAAAAAGAAAAACUACAGAAAAGAAGGAUAAAGAUGACCACAUGAAAUCAUCUGAACACAGACUGAUGGGAAGUAGAAAUAAAAUCAUAAAUGGCAUUGUCCAAAAACCGGACAUGGUUACAGAAGAAUUGGAUAAACAGGGGACAAAACCAGGGAGAUCAAGUACUCGAAAGAGAUCCAGAUCAAGGUCACCUAAGUCUCGAUCACCGAUUAUACAUUCCCCAAAGAGAAGAGAUAGACGGUCACCCAAACGAAGGCAAAGAAGUAGUAUGUCUCCAACUUUGACCCCCAAAGCUGGAAAGAUGCGUCAGUCAGGACUUAAACAGUCACAUAUGGAAGAGUUCCCACAAUCUUCCAGAGAAGAAAGAAAUAUUAAGAGAAGUACUAAGCAGGAUGUUCGAGAUCCCAGACGACUGAAAAAGAUGGAUGAGGAACGGCCGCAAGAAACUGCAAGUCAACAUUCUAUGAAGUCAGGUGCUGAGCCAAAGGAGAAUAUAGAGAAUUGGCAAAGCUCUAAGUCUGCCAAAAGAUGGAAAUCUGGUUGGGAAGAAAAUAAAAGCUUACAGCAGAGUGAUGAACAUAGUAAACCUCCUCAUCUAAGGCAUAGGGAGAGCUGGUCAAGCACUAAAGGAAUCUUGUCACCUCGAACCCCAAAGCAGCAACAUCGAUUAAGUGUUGAUGCCAAUCUUCAGAUUCCUAAAGAGUUAACCGUUGCAAGCAAAAGAGAAUUACUUCAAAAGACGAGUGAACGUUUAGCUUCUGGUGAAAUUACACAGGAUGAGUUCCUUGUUGUUGUACAUCAAAUUCGACAGCUAUUUCAGUAUCAAGAAGGUAAACAUAGAUGCAAUGUACGGGAUAGUCCUACAGAAGAAAAUAAAGGUGGAUUAAAAAAGAAACCUCUCUUAUCUGAUGCUGAAUUAACCUACUAUGAACAUAAAGCAAAACUGAAAAGGACACAGGUUCAGCAUUCAUUUCCAAGACUUGAUCUCUUAGAUCCUGAUCUUUUUGACUACCCUUUGACUGAUGCCUUGUUGUCUGGAAUAGAAUGUGAGCCAUCCAAAAGUAAACAUGCAAGUAGGAAUAGUGGAGCACAGUUUGACAGAAAAGAACAAUUUAGUGAAAGAACAAGACGUCUUUCUCCUGUAUCUGGGAGUCGUACUUAUGCUGAGAAUCUUUCACCCCAUGAGGGCCGGAGAAGACAUGACGAGCAAGUCUCUGCUAAAGGUGUACGAGAGGAGCAGAGAUCUCCAUUCAAUGAUCGUUUUCCACUUAAGCGACCUAGAUAUGAAGAUUCAGAUAAAACAUUUGUAGAUGGCCCAACAUCAAGAUUUGCUGGCCUUGAUACAAAUCAGCGACUUACAGCUUUAGCUGAAGACCGGCCAUUAUUUGAUGGACCUGGUAGGCCAUCUGUGACGAGAGAUGGCCCGAGCAAGAUGAUUUUUGAAGGACCUAAUAAAUUAAGCCCUAGAAUUGAUGGACCUCCUGCACCAGGUUCUCUUCGGUUUGAUGGGUCACCAGGACAAAUGGGGGGAGGAGGCCCUAUGAGGUUUGAAGGACCACAAGGUCAGUUAGGAGGUGGGUGCCCUUUGAGAUUUGAAGGUCCUCCAGGACCAGUAGGAACACCUCUGCGGUUUGAAGGGCCAAUUGGUCAAGGAGGAGGAGGUGGCUUUCGAUUUGAUGGUUCACCUAGUCUGAGGUUUGAGGGAUCUGCAGGUGGUUUGCGAUUUGAAGGGCCAGGGGGUCAGCCUGUGAGUGGUCUCAGGUUUGAAGGACAUCGUGGUCAACCUGUGGGUGGUCUGAGAUUUGAGGGACCUCAUGGACAGCCUGUGGGCAGUCUUAGAUUUGAAAAUCCUAGAGGUCAGCCUGUAGGUGGACUUAGAUUUGAGGGGGGUCAUGGUCCAUCAGGGUCUGCAAUUAGGUUUGAUGGGCCUCAUGGUCAGCCAGGUAGUGGUAUCAGAUUUGAGGGCCCUUUGCUGCAGCAAGGAGUUGGAAUGAGGUUUGAGGGUCCCCAUGGUCAGUCUGUAGCUGGUCUGAGAUUUGAAGGACAUAAUCAACUAAGUGGGAACCUUAGGUUUGAGGGACCACAUGGUCAGCCGGGGGUUGGCAUCAGGUUUGAAGGACCUUUAGUUCAACAAGGAGGUGGAAUGAGGUUUGAGGGUCCUCUACCAGGAGGUGGCAUGAGAAUUGAAGGGCCUCUGGGUCAAGGUGGUCCUAGAUUCGAAGGUUGUCACUCUUUAAGGUUUGAUGGACAGCCAGGUCAGCCAUCCCUUUUACCAAGAUUUGAUGGAUUACACGGCCAACCAGGUCCUAGAUUUGAAAGAACUGGUCAGCCAGGUCCACAGAGAUUUGAUGGGCCACCUGGACAGCAGGUUCAACCAAGGUUUGAUGGUGUACCUCAAAGAUUUGAUGGGCCACAACACCAGCAAGCAUCAAGAUUUGAUAUUCCUCUUGGCCUGCAAGGCAACCGAUUUGACAAUCAUCCUUCACAAAGGCUUGAAUCUGUACCUUUCAAUCAGACUGGCCCAUAUACUGAUCCACCUGGCAAUGCUUUUAAUGUUCCAUCUCAAGGAUUACAGUUCCAAAGACAUGAGCAAAUAUUUGAUACACCCCAAGGACCAAAUUUUAAUGGACCUCAUGGCCCUGGAAACCAGAAUUUCCCAAAUCCCCUUAACAGAGCUUCGGGACACUAUUUUGAGGAAAAGAAUCUUCAGAGUUCUCAGUUUGGAAACUUUGGCAAUUUACCUACUUCGAUGUCAGCAGGAAAUAUCCAGACAUCUCAACAGGUUCUGACUGGCGUUGCUCAGCCAGUAGCGUUUGGCCAAGGACAACAAUUUUUACCAGUUCAUCCACAGAAUCCUGGAGCUUUUAUUCAAAAUCCUUCAGGAGGUCUGCCUAAGUCAUAUCCUGAUAAUCAUCUCAGUCAGGUGGAUGUAAAUGAAUUGUUUUCAAAACUACUAAAAACAGGAAUUAUCAAAUUGUCACAGCCUGAUUCAGCUACAACACAGGUAAAUGAGGCUGUUGCUCAACCUCUUCCUGAAGAAGAGGAGGAUCAGAAUGAAGAUCAGGAUGUUCCAGAUCUUACUAAUUUCACAAUUGAGGAAUUGAAACAACGUUAUGACAGUGUUAUAAACCGGCUGUACACUGGGAUUCAGUGUUACUCCUGUGGAAUGAGGUUUACGACGUCCCAGACAGAUGUUUAUGCAGAUCACUUGGACUGGCAUUAUCGGCAAAAUAGAACUGAGAAAGAUGUUAGCAGAAAAGUCACUCACAGACGCUGGUACUACAGUUUAACAGACUGGAUAGAAUUUGAAGAAAUAGCUGAUCUGGAAGAACGUGCAAAAAGCCAGUUUUUUGAAAAGGUUCAUGAAGAGGUUGUUCUUAAAACUCAGGAGGCAGCUAAAGAAAAGGAGUUCCAAAGUGUACCUGCUGGACCAGCUGGAGCAGUUGAGAGUUGUGAAAUUUGUCAAGAACAGUUUGAACAAUACUGGGAUGAAGAGGAGGAAGAAUGGCACUUAAAAAAUGCUAUUAGAGUAGACGGAAAGAUUUAUCAUCCAUCGUGUUAUGAAGAUUAUCAAAAUACAUCUUCUUUUGACUGUACACCAUCUCCCAGCAAGACACCAGUUGAAAACCCUUUGAACAUUAUGUUGAACAUUGUCAAAAAUGAAUUACAAGAACCCUGUGAAAGUCCCAAAGUUAAGGAAGAGCAAAUUGAUGCCCCACCAGCUUGCUCGGAAGAAAGUGUAGCAACACCCACUGAAAUUAAAACAGAAAAUGAUACAGUUGAGUCAGUUUAAAUAAAAUGAGAAAGGUAUGGUUUUCUUUUUUUAACACAAGCUGCUGUUGGAUGUAGAAGGUGAAGUUUUUAUGUAUAUAGAGACAUAUAUCUAUAUAAAUUGUCCAGCUAAGGCAGGGCCUUCAGCUGCCAUUUGGUUAAUAAAUACAUUUUAGUAUUUGCAUUUCCUACUGCCUGCACAGUUUCAGGUGCUUGUUGUGUGAAAGUUCUGUAGAUGAGUGCAAAUUUAACAAAAUGAAAUUGUAUGUGUAAAAAUGUACGAUUUUUCACUUGUGAACUGUAAAUUAUAAAUAAAAAAAUAUUUUUGCUA